CGGUCAAUUGUUGUAACGCUUGGAUGUUAGAGUACCUACACUGUACGAACAAAAGUUCCUGUUGAGACUUUGACUCUCUGUGAAUUUUACAUAGUUUGUUUAGUUUUCUCUUAAGGCUUUCUAAUGAGCAUGGCUGAUAUAAGUAAAGAAGACUUAAGAAAAGAAAUUGAUGGCAUCCUUGAAGGGGCUGAUUUAGACACACUGUCUUCUAAAAAAGUUCGGCAACAGUUGGAGGAAAAACUAAAAUUCGACCUCAGUGACAGGAAAAAGGAAAUUGAUGAAAUGGUCAUGGAGGCAGUAGAAAAGAAACCCCAUAUAGAAGACGAUACAUCCCCUAAAAGUAAACGAGAAGAUGCCAAAGAGGAAUCUAAUAAAGAGCCUGCAGCAAAGAAGAAGAAACCUGCAAAACUGGACCAAUCUGUGGAUGAAGAGGAUGAAAACUCAGAAAGUGAAGGAGAUGAUGAUGAAGAAGAAGAGGAAGAUGAUGAAGAUGAAGAUGAGUACAUACCUGAUAAAGAAGAAGUUUCUCCUAAAAAAAGACCAGCAAGACAACAAGAAAGGCGCCAGCCUGCCCGGAAAGCACCAUCGGAAAGCCCUGAAGCAAAAAUAAAAGCGCGACCUGCUCGAUCAAUUGCUGAAGAAAAGAAAUCCAAAGCCCCAAUCACCAAAACCAAAUCUAGUGAUUCGGAGGGGAAGUCAGCGGAAUCUGAAGAAUCUGAGGAAGAAUCGGGAUCGGACGUUGCCCCAGCACCACCCCCCAAAAAAGCACCAACACCCCGUGGAAGAAAGCCUCAAUCUAAACCCGUCCCAGUGGACGAGGACAGCGAAGAAAGUGAUACUGCUCCUAAAAAAGUAACGCCUAAGAAACGUCAACAAGAGUCUGGCAGUGAAUACGAAGAGUUUGACGAAGAAAACUCCGAAAGUAGCGAUGGAGGUAGUGAUGAGUCGUACAGUCCAGGAAAGAAGUCUCCUGGGAAAAAAAGAGGUCGAAGUGCUGGAAGGGGGGCUGUUGGCGGUAAGAAGAAGCGUGCUGAUAGUUCGGAUCCCGAUGACUCCGAUGAAGACUGGAAAAAAGCCUCCAAAAAGAAAAGAGGAACCCCAGCCAAGAAAGGAGAAGGUUCUACGACUGCUAAAGCAAGAACACCAAAGGGAGGAGUAAAAGCUGUUAAACUUAGUCCUGAGUUGUCAGAUAUUAUGGGAACCGAGUCCAUGCCUCGUCCGGAAGUUGUAAAAAAAAUGUGGUCUAUAAUCAAGGAAAGAAACCUAUAUGAUCCCAAGAACAAACAGUUUGCGGUUUGUGACGAACAAUUACAGAAAGUUUUUGGCGUUAAGAGAUUUCGUACAUUCGGCAUGAUGAAGUACCUCAAAGCUCAUUUCAUUGAUUAAAUUGAUCGGGAAAGUAAGCUUUUAAAGAUAAGGGAUCAAAAGCUGGCGUGCACACUGCGGAAUGAAUUAAGCUAUAUUGAUAGCAAAACAAAUGCGAAAUUUUUCUAUUUUAUUUUAUUUUAUUUUUCUUCCUUUUUGCGGGAUA